AUGGCUAGUACAGAGUCUCAGCUCCGCCAAGAGCUCAGUGAUCAUUUCCACCAUGCCGUGCUGGAUCACCCCGAUGUCAUGACCGAAUGUCUUUCCAUUCUCCGCCUUUAUCACCUCACUCCAGCGGAUCUAUUCUUCAAGUAUGAAGCCUUCCUCAUGUCCCGUCCGUCUGGUCUCCGAGCCAAAUUGACAAAUCUAUCGCUUGAGACUCUUAAAGAGUUGCGAGCUGAAAUCCAGCGUGGACAGCAAGCCAAAGCUGUCGCGAGCAUGGCCGCGUCACCCAGCACGACGGACCAAUCCGGCAGAUCAAACCUGGGUUUGAGAAAGGGUAAGGGAAAUAUGAACGACAUAGGAGGAUUCUUGGAAGGCUUGUCAACACCAUCUCGACCAGUGAAAGGUCGGCCUUCGAAUGUGGCCGUUCGUCCAAGUAACCAAGGCAUCAACGGAUCGCCUGGUCAUUCAGCUUUCGCUCUUGUGGGGUCUAAUCAGCUGUCAACGCCGCAGCGAGCCUCACCCAGUGUGGCUAGUGCGAGCAGCUACCGUCCAGGACCCUCAAAGAUGGGUAGCGGUGGUCUUUUAGAGACUCCAAUCAGCAAAGGCGCAAACGGAUUGACGCUACCUUCCAGUCCAGGCUCGCCUGCUGGUUCUCCUACAUCCCUGAAGCCACAGCUCGGUCAACCGUUCCAUCUGCGACCUCAACCACACACUCUUGUAGAAACUCUCAAUCCUCACCUUUCCUCCGUCUCGCACGGUAUGCCUCCAGGUUCGAAAUCCAGAAUCUCUCUAAGCUCUACCUCAGAUCCUAAGAACUGGAACUAUCGAUACAUGUUCGAAAAGAUGUCACAGCGAAGCGAAGCUCUGGACGAUCUCAUCGACGAUUAUGCAGAAAACAUCAAAGAUGCUUAUGGCAUUACUGAGCUUGGGGAUCCUCAUUUUGUGUCAGAAGAAAGCAUAUAUACUGUCGGAAGGGUAUUAUCUCCACCGACAGAUACUUCCAAAGCCACAUCAAGUUCCCUUUUUCUGGAAUCUUCGCGUCUCCUUGGGGCGGGCAAAAGACUUCCACUUCGUUUCGUGUCUCCCGGAGAACUGAAGGUUAGAGGCGGCCCUCCAGGCGUCAAGGGUUUCGGACUGUUCCCCGGUUGUUUGACAUGUGUGAAAGGACGAAACGGAGGGGGCGGCGCAUUCGUGGUCGAGGAAGUGCUACUGCCCGCCCCAAGUGCCUUGGCGCAAAGCUCAUCUUCCGAACUACUAGACUUCCAAUACGGAGAGAAGCUGAAUGGUCAGCCUAUUUCGAUCGUGACUGCUGCUGGUCCUUUUACGCUGGAAGACGAUCUAUCUUACGAGCCUCUGGCAGCUCUUUUGGAUGUUGUCAUCCGAGAGCGACCCGAUGUUCUCCUCCUUCUCGGUCCAUUUGUGGACUGCCAACAUCCCGCAAUUUCUUCCGGCGCUGUAACGGAAACUCCUGCCGAUAUCUUUCGGAACCAGGUUUCGCGCAGACUGCAGAACACACUUGAUUCGACACCGGGGACUGUAAUAAUAUUGGUUCCAAACAUUCGCGAUGUAGUUUCUCGUCACAUGGCUUUCCCGCAAUCCAUGUUAGAUAAAGAAUUGUUGGGAUUACCCAAGCGAGUCAAGGUCCUUCCCAACCCAUGCACGUUUUCGAUCAACGAAGUAAUCAUAUCCCUGUCUAGUGUGGAUGUUCUGUUUCACCUGCGCAAAGAAGAAGUGUAUCAACGAGCCGAAGAGGCCAGUCCAGAUCCCGAGAUUGGAGGACCGGAAGUGAAGGACGCAAUGGCAGGAUUGAUCCGUCAUGUUUUAGGCCAACGCAAUUUCUAUCCUAUCUUCCCUGUCCCAGAAAGUUCAGCCGCCGAUGUCAAUUUAGAUGUCACUCAUUAUCCCUUGCUCAAGAUGGAUGGACCAGCACCUGACAUUCUUAUUCUUCCCAGCAAGCUCAAGCAUUUCUCCAAGGUCGUCGAUUCAACUCUUGUUGUUAACCCGGCUCAUCUCGCGCGAGCCCAUACCGCUGGUACCUUCUCCAAAAUAGUGCUACACCCCAGUCCAAGAGCAGAACUUACAGACAGUAUACCUUUGAAUGAUAGCACAGACUCGGCAAGAGAACACUCAGUGUGGGAUCGCGCACGUUCUGAAAUAUGGAGAAUUUAG